AUGCGCGAGGUGAUCACAUUACAGGUUGGACAAUGUGGAAAUCAAAUAGGAGCUGAGUUCUGGAAGAUGCUUUGUAAUGAGCAUGGAAUAUCACCGUGUGGAAUUCUACAGGAUUUUAGAGACCUUGGUGAUAGGAAGGACGUGUUUUUCUACGAAGCAGAUGACAAUGUGUUUGUACCACGCUCAGUCCUUGUUGAUCUUGAACCACGAGUGCUUGCUCAGGUUCCAUCGUUUUUCAACCAAGAAAACAUUUUUCUUUCGAACGAAGGAGGAGGAGCUGGGAACAACUGGGGGCAUGGAUACUGUGCAGGAAAAGGAAUGGGCGAUGAUUUAAUAGACAUUUUGCAAAGAGAAGCUGAAUGUUGCGAUUCGCUUGAGACAUUCUUCUUACUUCACUCAAUUACUGGUGGAACAGGCUCUGGAUUUGGAUCUUUGCUUCUUGAACGGAUCAGAGAUGAAUUUCCAAAGAAGAUUCUACAAACAUAUUCAAUCUUUCCAAACAACGAUGAGUCCAGCGAUGUGGUUGUACAACCAUAUAAUUCGAUACUGACACUUCAGAGGCUUUUUGAAUGCUGCGACAGUGUGGUUGUGAUGGACAACUCGUCUCUUGGCAGAUAUGCGCUGGACUCCUUGAGAAUUGAUACACCAACAUUUGAGCACAUCAACUUGCUUAUUUCGACAGUCAUGUGUGCAGCAACAAGCACUAUCAGGUUUCCAAGUUACAUGUACUGCACACAUCAGUCGAUAAAUGCAUCUCUUGUGCCAAUCGAUCCAUUCAAGUUUGUUGUGCCCUCGUAUACACCUUUUGUGUGUGGAGAGAUGUCCAGAGUCGUAAGGAAGGCCACACCAUCAGAUGUGAUGCGAAGGCUUCUUUUACCAAAAACAAGACUUGCAAGCUAUGACUCUUCAAAAACACAAGCUUUCGUGUCUGUGAUGAACAUCCUCCACGGGGUUGAUGAUGCAAGCGAGGUGUCUAGAACGGUGAUGAGGCUUCUUGACAAGAGGGUUGUUAACUUUGUGCCUUGGAUGCCUCCUUCUUUCAAUGUCGUUCUUAAUAGAAAUAUUAGUAACCGGAUGGGCGUCAGCAGAGUGUCAGGUCUUGGUCUUAUAAAUUCAUCUGGAAUUGCAUCUGCCAUCGAUAAGAUUUGUGGGCAGUUUGAUAAGCUUCGAAGACAGCGUGCGUUUCUUGAUAUAUACAAGAAGUUUGGUGUUGAUACCGAGAUGUUUGACCAGAGUAAGGAAACAAUACAGAAGCUAUUAGAGGAGUACAGCAGAGCAGAGCUUUCUAAUUAUUCAAGUACCUGA